GUCCGCGGUUUUUCAGUUGGCUCUGCAGCUCUAAGCGGCAAGCAGGCACCGAUCAUCGCAUCCCUAUAGUCGACCUCACGGCAUCAUGGCGAAUACCAAUCCCGUUCUCGGCGUCCUCGUCAUGGCGCGACAUGGCGACAGGCAGGGCUUCUAUCAGUCGCCGAUCACAUACACAGCCAGCAAUACAGAGAUCACACCGCUCGGCGAAGUAGAAGCCUACAAUCUCGGCGUCGCGCUUCGUGAGCAGUACUUGACCGAAGGAGCUGCAGAUGCCAUUCAGGGAUUGCCGUCAUAUACCCUCGUGCCUAAUGCUGCCAUCGACUUCAAAGCAGACGCAGGCGGCGAAGGUUCGGUCAUCUACGACUCUGCUGUCGCGGUCACGCAGGGUCUCUGGCCAGCGACGGCUCUCUCGAACACAACGCUCGCCAACGGCACACUCGUCGUGUCGCCGCUGGGUGGCUACCAAUAUGUCGGCAUCGGGACUGUUGAGCCGUCGGACUAUACGCUCGAAGGGUUCACCUCGUGCAACACUUUCUCAAACUUCACAAGCGAGACAUACAAUUCGUCUGCGUUCGAGCAAGUCGCUUCGGACAAUGCCGUGACGCUGAACAAUUUGGCUACGCUCGCGCAGCGCAACGUGACGCUUCCGACGAUGUAUAACGUCUUUGAUUAUGUCAACGUUCAGUCGAUCCACAACGCGAGCUUUCUGGAGCGAUUGAACACCGAGGGAUCCUACCUGCUCCCACAGGCACGCUACCUUGCCAACUAUCACGAAAAUACGCUCUUUGGCUCACCGAAUCUGACUUCGAUCGCCAACAUCGCUGGUCGGACUGUGCUGCCCGACAUCCUCGGUGCAGUACAGGGCUAUACGAACGCGACGGAGCCCGUCCGCUUCUCAUUCCUGGCAGUCUCAUACAAGCCCUUCAUCUCGCUCUUUAGCAUGCUCGGGGUCACCGAGCAAUUUCCAGACGUCUAUGGUAUCGUCAACUAUGCUGCCGCUAUGACGCUCGAGGUCCGCCAGUCUGCCACGAACACGAGUGGCUACGUCGUCCGGUUCUCCUUCAACAAUCAAACAGGCAGCGGAUUCACGAGCUACCCCAUGUUCGGCGGCAGCGACAUCGACUAUCCUGUCGAUCAGUUUGUCAGCAAUCUCGACUCGUCCUCAAUCAAGACCCUGUCCGAAUGGUGCACGGUCUGCAGUCAGACGACCCUGCGGGGUUGCGACGUCAUCACUGCCGCCAACAGCUCGGACGGCAUGGAUCGACAAGGUUCCGUGACGACCACCUAUGGCGAUCAUGCUACCUCACCCCUUGCGUCCGGCUUCAUUGGCGCUGCAGUCAUGCUCGCCCUUGUCGCCAUCAUCCUCGCCGCUCUAGCUGCUGCCGGUAUCGUCAGUCUCGGCAGGCGCUCGCGUGCGCGCAAGUACGAUCACUACGAGAGCGAUCAUGUCGGUCUCAAGCCGACGGGAUCCCCUGGUUCCAAUUAGCACCACGAUCUCGCAGAAGACUUCGCAGGCUCUCGCGUUAUGGGCACGCGCAAGGAAGCCAUCUAGAUUUUUAUCAUUCACCGCACAUUGAAGGAUUGCACAUCGUUACGACACUUGAAGCAAAGCUCUGUCACGCUGUGAAUGUCUUUGCGCAACGCUGAGCCAUGCUCCGCGUUCGCUUCAUCGAGCUCAGUAUCGCUAAAGGCAUUGCCCACUUGCUCGGCAUUGAGAAGCACUCUCCAUGCAAAAGAAGCGUGGAAAAUGGGCGGAUCGUAGAAGAGCGGCAGGCGAAGCUUCCGGAGGACGACAUGC